UAUUUUUAUUUUCUUUAAAUUAAAAAAACAAAUAAAUAAUUACCAAAAUAUGCCAUCAUCAAUUACUUCAACAACAAACAAAACAAAUAUGAAUGAGGGAAAUAAUGUUUGCUUAAACACAAACAAACAACAACAAGAAUGUUGUUCGGCUGCACAAAUGCAGUGUUUGUGUAAUAAUAAAAAUCAACCGAACACAAACAAACAAAAUAAAAAUAUUCCUUUACGUUUUGGAAGGGAGGGGGGACGUUCUGCAACUUUUGGGGGGCAUCAUAAUUUUCAUCGGCAUCAUCGUGAGGGAAGUAAUAACAGCAAUAGUAAUGGAAGGGGAAAUUAUAAUAAUAACAACAACAAUAAUAAUCCUCCUCGUCAACCAACUGCCGUUGUUUCGUUAAAUCCUAGACAGGUUGAUCGACUUCGUUCUGUUCUUGACCAAGUUCUUCGAGAUGCUGGUUUGCCUCUUUUGCACGUUAAAUUAAAUGGAGGGGCCGCUUCUUUUGUUUUUGCCCAAUCAGAUUCUUUUCCCUAUUCUGAUGUCGAUUUAAUCUUUCCAAUUGCUUUGGAGCGUGAUUCUGAUUUUGAACGGGUUCGAGAAGCAGUUUUUGAUGCUUUACUUCAAAUGAUGCCGUCAAGUACAACAAAUAAAUCUGCAAUAACACCGGAGACUUUAAGAGAUGUUUAUAUUAGAAAAAUGGUUAAAGUAACGGAUAGUGAUCGUUGGUCAUUGUUUUCUUUACAUAAUGAUUAUGGAAGAUGUAUUGAACUUAAAUUUGUUGAAAGAAUGCGCCGUGCUUUUGAAUUUUCUGUUGAUAGUUUCCAAAUAACUUUGGACCCUUUAAUUGAAAAUCCAAACGAGAAUAGACCGGUUAUUCGGGCAGAAUCGAUGUAUGGAGAUUUUAUGCAAGCUUUAUUCCAUUUAAAUAAACGACUUAUUGAUACUCGAAAUCCUGAAGAAAUUAGAGGAGGUGGAUUGUUGAAAUAUUGCCAUUUAUUAACUAGAGGAUUUUCUGCUACUUCGAAUUGUAGAGAUAUGGAAAAGUACAUGUGUUCUCGUUUCUUUAUUGACUUCCCUGACAUUAAUGUGCAGGAAAUGAAGUUGCUCAAUUAUUUACAGAAUCAUUUUGGCAAUGAGGAUGAUUUAAAAUUCGAUUAUCUCCACAAAUUAUUUUGUGUUAUUCGAGAUUCAACUGUUUGUUUGAUGCAACAUGAACGACGACAAACUUUAUCUAUGGUUGAUCGUCUUCGCCAACAACUUUCUUUUAAUUUAAUGCUCUAUUAUCAACAAUUUGAAGGCGUUAAUGGUUCAAAUGUUAUUUAUUACGGAAAUAAUGCUAUUGGCAAUUAUCGUCACCGCAAACAUCAUCAUUUCAAUAAUAAUAGGCAUUGGCAAAAUAAUAGACAUACUAAUAGAAAUUCCCAAGUUUUCUGUGUUUCUCCAAUAUCAACAAUUGCCUCUUCUUCUAUUGAAAUUGAACAACAACAAGUAAAUAAUAAAGAAUUGGAUCAAGAAAAAGAUGAACAAACAGUAGUGCCUGAAUUUAAUGUUGAGAUUGUUGAUACUGUUAAUAAUGAAGAAAAUAAGGAAGAGAAAGAAGGAGAAGAAAAGGAAAAAGAAAUUUCAACAACAAAAAAUGUUUCGACUGAACAACAAAACAAUUCUAUUCCCGUUGUGACUAUUUUGGUAGGGAAUUUGAUUUUAAAUGUAGUCCGGAAUUUUAUCCCCUAUUCCAAUCAUAAUACCGAUACGGAAUACCAAUAUAUCACUGUCGGUAGACGGUGCUAUGGGCAAUUACCGUCACCUAACUCCUGCCUAGCUCUUUUGCCACCAACAACCUCUCUCAAACAAACAACAACAACUUCUAAACAGCAACGGCAUGUUCCUCGCCAAACUCUUCUCUAUUUACCACCAAAUGCCAGCCAUUGGAUUCCUGUUGUUUAA